AUGAUUCGUUCGUGUAUUCUCAUCGCGGUGUUGAUCGUUCUGGCCAGCUCGAGCUCGGCCCAGGAAGCAGAUAAAGAUUGGUAUAAGAACAGUCUGGUGUAUCAGAUCUAUCCGAGAAGCUUCAAGGACAGUAAUGGCGAUGGCAUUGGCGAUUUGAUAGGUAUCAAGAACAAUUUGGAGCACAUUAAGGCCAUUGGCGCCGAUGCGUUAUGGAUGUCACCGAUCUUUUCUAGUCCACAGAAAGAUUUCGGCUACGAUAUUUCUAAUUUUACCGAUAUCAAUGAAGAGUACGGCUCCUUAGAUGAUUUUAAAGACCUCGUAGCGGAGGCACAACUUCUUGGGCUGAAAGUAAUCCUUGAUUUUGUGCCGAAUCACAGUUCAGAUCAACAUGAAUGGUUUAACAAAAGUAUCCACCGUAUUGAACCUUACGAUGAAUACUAUGUUUGGCGUGACGCAAAAUAUGAUAACGAUAACAAUAGGACAGAACCGAACAACUGGUUGAGUGCUUUUGGAGGCUCUGCCUGGCAAUGGCACGAUACGCGAGAGCAAUAUUAUUUGCAUCAGUUCGCUGUUGGACAACCAGAUCUCAAUUAUCAUAAUGAGGAGCUGCGAGAAGAAAUGAAAAAAGUUUUAGUAUUCUGGAUGGAUCUGGGCGUAAAAGGCUUCCGCAUUGACGCUAUCAAUCAUAUGUAUGAGGAUGAUCGAUACUUGGAUGAACCAUUAAGUAACUUAAACGUACCAAGCGAUGAUUACGACUACUUGAAUCAUAUUUACACAAAAAAUCUUCCCGAAACUUACGAGACUCUUAAGACUUGGAGGGAGUUGAUGGAUAAUCACUCAACGGGUGACAUGAAGAUGAUCCUGACCGAGGCCUAUGCGGACUUUGAUCUCACUAUAGAGUACUAUCAGUCUGGUUCAACGGUGCCGUUCAACUUCGUAUUUAUUAGUGAUCUAAAUAACAAAUCCAGUGCAGCCGAUUUCAAACGUAAUAUCGAUCGUUGGAUAAACAACAUGCCUAACGGUACGGAAUAUGUUGCGAAUUGGGUGACGGGAAAUCACGACAAUCAUCGCGCGGCUACCAGAUUCGGCGAGAAACGAGCCGAUCAACUUUCCAUGUUGGCAACCGUUUUGCCCGGUGUAAGCGUGGUUUACAAUGGCGACGAGAUCGGUAUGCUCGAUAGGAAUUUUACAUUCGAAGAAACUAUGGAUCCUGCCGGAUGCGGUGCUGGACCCGAUAGAUAUUUUUUAAAAUCGCGAGAUCCAGAAAGAACACCUUUCCAGUGGGAUAAUAGCACCAGCGCCGGUUUCUCUACUAACAAUUUAACGUGGCUUCCGGUGAACGGAAAUUAUGACUACUUGAAUUUAGAGGCGCAAAUACCCGAUCUAUACUCUCAUUAUAACGUGUUUAAGCGCUUAACACAACUGAAGAAGAAGCCCGUCAUCAAGCAGGGCACUCUGGAGACUGCGUUGUACUGUUUUAAAUGUUGUGUCACCGAAAAUGUUCUAGGUGUAGUACGACGAGACGGAACAUCCAUUGUGGUCCUCAUAGUGAACUUUAGCGACACGGAGACGGUCAUCGUUGAUAUUUCAACCUGGUUAAACAUUUCGGAGCAGUUAAUGGUGUAUACAUCCAGCGAUUCCAAUCUGCUUCUAAGAUCGUCCGUUAAUAUGGGUACCUUCAGUCUGACUGGUUCAGUCUCUGUUGUGCUCACCACAGCAGAUUUAUUCGAUUAAAUUUUUGCUUAUUUCGUAUUAACGAAUAAAACUCUUAAGUAAAGCAAAUUUUCGGAUACAGUAAACAUAAGUAUUUUUUCUGUGGGCAGAUUGUAUUUUGUGUAAAUAUGAGAAUGAACUUUUUCAAAGGAAAUGUAUUUUGUGAUAAUAACGAUUAAAAAUAAAUUUGUUGCCAUUAGAUAUCAUGUUACUAUUAAAUGAAAAAAAAAACAUUAUAACAGCAUUUAAAAUCAAUUAGUGCUCAUUUAUGUAUCUACAAAAUGCACAUUUUCGUUUAACCGAAUAAAUUUUAUUUU